UAAUGGGUGUUAAAGUCCCUCAUAUGAGCAUGAUAGCUGGAUGUUGGACUCCACUUGUUUGACCAGGCUGAUGUGUUUGAUCAGUGGAUGGCGCCAAGACAUCAUGAAAUAACCACCACAUGGCGCGGCUGCGUGGUGCACCCACGUGGACGCACUUCCUGUCAGGGACUACAACCAAAAUAGUGCACGACUAGUGCUUUGAGGAAUUUCUAAACCAUGGAGGAUUUACCUGCAGACCUCAGGGCGUUUCUCAGUAACCACCCAGCUCUUCAACUCGCCGACAACAACAAGAUUAAAUGUACACUGAAUGGCCACGAGUUUCCAUGCAACCUUGCAGAACUACAAAACUUCACCAAAGGGAAGAAGUACCAGAAACUGAGCGCUGCCUCGGAUUUCAGCUACAGCCAGUAUGAGCCUCACAUCGUACCGAGCACGAAACAACCCGGGCGGCUCUUCUGCAAGCUGACCGUCAGACACCUGAACCGGCAGCCGCACCACGUCCUGACGCACGUCAACGGGAAGCGCUUCAAAAAAGCCCUUCUUAAAUAUGAAGAGUGUAUGCAGCAGGGAGUUGAAUUUGUCCCAGCCAGACUCCAACAAAAACAGCCCAAACACAGCGCAGAGGAGGUCAAGCGGGGGGGCACCUCGCAUCGGCAAAGCAACAUGUGGGAGCCUUCGUCAGAUGAUGAGGAUCACAGCGACUCUGAGGACAGCAUGAGCGACCUCUACCCACCAUCUCUUUUCACGCCGAAGAACGUAGAAGACAGAAGUGAGGAGGACAAAAGGCAAGAAAAAGACGACUUUCUGACAGACGAGGAUGAGGAAAUGGAAGUGGAUGAGCAUCCAGUGCACAAACGCAAGAAGACGCAGGGUGGUGGUAUCCAAAAGAAGUUCAAAAACAACCACAAGUCAAGAGACUCUAAGAAAAGUGGAAAAGUUCGAAAUGGAAAGUAACCGAAUGCCUCACCUAUAUGCUUUUUGGUCCUUGGUAGCUUGUCAGUCAACUCACCAUCAAGUACAGUGGGGAUGAGCAGUCACCUCCUGUUUGGAGUGGCAUUCCUGUGUCCUGGGGCUGUUUGACCUUUUGUAUUGGUAACACGUUGUUACUGUUCUCCACCUUUGGACAUGAGAAAAGUCUGCCCUGCCUCCAAAGCUGUUAAGGCACAGUUCAACACAGAGGGAUUUAGAGAGCUUGGAAGCCAUGUCUGAGGCAGUUCUCGAGUCAGUUUUGUUUGGAUCUGUUGUCUGUGUGGAUUUGGACUUGAGAGCACCGGCAUGAAAUAAAUCCCAUUUGAAUAUG